AUGGCAAGAAGAAUGAGAGGUAGACGUACUAUGAGAAGAAGAGGAAGAAGAAGUGCUCUUCGAAGACAAGCAUUUGGUAAUUUUGCAAGUGCAAUGCAACAAAGAGAUUCUACUAAUGUAGUAAUUUCUACACAAGAAGAUGUUACUAUUAAUGUACCUGCUAAUGGAAGUGAAGGUACUUUAAUUAGAAAUGUAAAUGCUAUAUUAACAAGUACACAAUAUUUUGAAAAUUAUAUGGGAAUGUAUGAUCAAUAUAAAGUUAAUGCUGUUAGAGCAUCACUUGAAAUGACAUUUAUUGGUAAUGGAUUGUUAAAUAGUGCUACAUUCCCAUCUAUUUGUACUGCAUGGGAUAGAAACGGUGUUAGAAUUAAAGUUAUUGAUAUUUCUGGUAAUAAAUAUUUUGGAGUACCUGAUUAUGGUGUUGUAUCAAGUUAUUCAUCUGCAAAUGAAAAGACAUUGUAUUAUGGAAGUAGAUGGGGUGUCAUUAGACAAUUAGAUGCUGCAUCAAUGAUGGAAAAAUCAAUGUAUUUACCAACAACAAAUACAAAACAAGUAUUAUCACAAGAUAAUAUGUAUAGUGCAUGGAAUCCUCAAUUACUUAUUUCUAUUAAAGCUCCUCAAAAUGUUGCUGCUGCAAAUGCUUGUACUUUAACUAUUCAUUGGCAAUUUGAUGUUACAUUAAGAGGAUUAAGAAAGGUUCUUACUCCAAAUGCUGAAAUAUUUAGACCAUAUGCUGGUUUUAUUGGUUAUGCUAAAAAUAAUACAGGAUUGGUUGUUCCUUCUAGUUCUGAUGCUUCUGGUUAUGUUGUAGUUGGUGGUGGUGAUAAUGCUAGUAAGCCUUCUAUCAAUCCUGAUACAGUAUAUAAUGCAGCUGAUCAAUCUUAUACUAAUGGUGGAGUUGUAUUACCUAAUAAUGGUAUGCCUGAGUCAAAUCCUAAUCUUUAA